AUGCCCACUCUGAGACGCAGAAGAGAGGCCUCGCGCCCCGUCGAGGAGCCCGAGGUCGAUGAGACGACGUCCAACGCGAUCGAGCCUAUCGCGAGCCAUCUCGAGCGGCUUGACACUGCACCCGACGGCACGGUUGAGGCACUCGCUGUUGUCAACGACGCGACGGAGGUAGCGGCAGCAAAACAGGUGGAGGCCCUUCAGAUCAGUGACAGAGAUCGCGAUCACCAGAACCCGCGGAAGCAGCGAUCGCACCUGCCUACAGCGGUGCAGUUCCCACUCGUUACCGUGUUGAGCUUUAGCAUCUCGAGUCUGUGCUACAGCUUUCUCAGCGAGUGGAGCCGUGGGGAGCUGGCGGGGAUCUCGAAAAGCUUGGAUACCUGGGGCGAGGUUGCGACUUUGGCUGGAUGGCGCGUAUUCGAGCUCGCCUUGGGCUGGUUCGGCAACUUUGACAGCUACGAUCUCGCUGCGCUCAACCUGCUCGCGCAUGGCCCGCCCGUUUACCUUAUUGCUACCUUUUACAACAUCAGCACGGCCACCGCCAUCUCGGCUCUAGGCAUUGAGAUACUUUCCACCUUCCUGCCAUUCCAACUCCUGAGACCCUUGUCGGGCGCGCAUGCCGGCGCUAAGAACGUUGCCAACCGCGAAAUUCUCACCGACAUCCCGAUCCAGAUCUACACUACUAUCCUGUCGGCAGCCAUCUACAGCCUCACUCUCUUCACUGCUUACAAGACCUACCUGCCAACUACCCUCGUACUCUACUUCCAGGGGCUGCCGAGCCUUGCACCUGCCUACACAACCAACUUUUUGGCUACAUUGCCCGUAACAGUUGCAUUUGGUGUCGCAGCGAAAUCCUUCAUCUUCACACCCUUUGUCGCGACCGGCGAGACUUCCGAGGACGAGAAACUGGCCGCAUUCGAUCCCGCGACGGCCACGCUUGGCGAGACUCUUGCGUGGAACAUUUGGGGCUACACGACGAGGGAAAAGGUUGUCAUCCUGCGAACCGCUGUCGCCAUGGUCGUCACGGGUGUCAACACGUACUUGCAGACUUUCAUGACUGUCAACGGUGUCGAGUCGUACGGUGCAUCCGUUUAUGCCGGCGCCUGGGUUGCCGCGGCAUUCUUCACCGGCAUCGGUCUUGGAUUCGUCGGUGGUGGAGACUCAUGA